AUGAAUAAAACUUUCGCUAUCUAUUUACUUUUUUUUGGACUUAUUACAUGUACAUACGUUUAUGCGGAUGAUGUGUUAGUUAAGGUUGGUGGUCCAAAUGGAGAAAAUAUUUUUGACCCACAAACUGCAUAUGCCAAAGUUGGUGAUAAAAUCAUCUUUAAGUGGAUUAGUGGAGCACAUAACGUAAUCGAAUCUAAUCUAACAGGAACUUGCAUAAAAUCAUCGAAGCCUAAUGCUUUCGCUUCAAAUGGGAAGGCAUGUAUGGAACUAAUAAAAUAUCUCCCAAUUCUAUUAUUCCAAAUAAUCCUAUUAAGGCUACAAGCAACAAAUAAUACGAACAAUACACCAAUUAUAGUUGGAGAAGCAAUAGGAUUAUUAACCGGUGUUAGUUUAUUAACAGCGGUUAGCUACUUUUUAUACAAAAGGUUUAAUAAAAAUAAUAUUAUACUCAUCCCAGAUAGCAAUAGAAAUAAUUAUCAUGAUUCUAAACAAAUAAAUAAGAGUGAAAAUCAAGAUACAGAAAAAGUAUACAAUCCCGGACAGGAGGCAGUUUCAAUUUCAGAAAAUACGAAAGUUUACAAUCAUGGACAAGAGACGAUUCCAAUUUCUGAAAAUGACGCUUUGCAAAAUUAUAUUGUCCAAAUUGUAAGAAAAGAAAUGAUGCAAAACCAAAAAGAGCAUAGUUCAAAUGAAGUUUAUUAG